AUGAAUGACAAUUUUGACAUCGUUUCUUGAUUUUUCGAUCGGUAUAUAAGGAUGGGGUGAAAAUUUUAUCAUCAGUAUCAAUCGUUCAUCCUUGUGGAAAGCAUCUGAUAUAUUAUCACCAUGAAAUUCUUGAUCGUCGCUGCCGCCAUUUUGGGUGUCUCCAUGGCCGGAGCACCAGAAAAUAGAGGAAAACGUGGUUUGGUGAGCAGCCUAGGCUACGGUCUCGGCUACGACGCUUCCCUUGGACUCUCUUCCCUGCAUCUUCCCCUCGCUUCUUCAGUACUCUCUGCACCAUCCAUCUCAGCAAUCUCAUCACCAACUGUCAUCAAAACUGUGCAGACAGCUCCCAUCAUAAAUUCCCAUCUGCCAAUCUCCACCUCUGUGCUGUCAGCUCCAACUGUCAUCAAAACUGUCCAGACCGCCCCUGUUGUCAGUCACGUGGUGUCUCAACCCCAGGUUUUGAGCGUUGGUUCUUCCUUAGGAUUGGGAUCUUCUUUGGACCUUCACUCUGCUGGUCUCCUCAACAGCUACAACUUGGGAGGUAUUCCAGUAACUGGUCAUGUUAGUGACCUCUACAACUUGGGAGGUAUUCCAGUAACUGGCCAUGUCAGUAACGUCCACGCUUGGUGAACAGUUGUGUAGAUUCUACAUGUGAUAUUCUUUUAUUGUUGUAAAUGAUGUAAAGAAAAAAUAUAUAUUAUUUUCCGAAAUA